AUGGCUGGAAUCAAUUUCCAAGGUCCUCAAGGACAGCAACCUAGCCCCGAACAAAUCGCCAUGAUGCAACGACAAAUCGCCAGCGAAGCAGAGAAGGCCGGUCUAACCAUUCCCCAGUACAUCGAGCGCCUCAAGGCACAAGCAAUGCAGCAGCACCAAGCACAGAUGGAAGCUCAGCGACAAGCACAAAUCCAGCAGCAACAACAAGCACAGCAGGGUCAAGCCCAACCAAUCCAGCCAGGCCCCCCGAAGCCAGAAGCAAUCGCAGUUGCGAAUUUCCUCAAGUCCCAGGAUUUGAAAUUGCGAACCGUCAUUCUAGAUGAGAAGCGAAAGGAUAUGUUCAGAGUCAAACGAGCCCUCCGUGCCCUACAAUCCCCCGCAUACGCCAAAGCCCGCUCAAAGAACCCUCUCCUGCCCGAAGUCAAUGACCGCGUGACCGCCGAGAAUACGUUCAAGCUCCUCCCGCUCUCCCUUCUCGCUCUCCGCGUCAACAAGGUGGACGAGUCGCAAGGCCACGAAGGCCACAACCAUGCCGCGAAGAAGCGUGUAAAGGGCCUAUGGACCGUCCGUAUCGAGCAGCACCAGGAAGCCGGCGACGACCACUACUACGUCUGGCUGUUCGAGGGUGCACAAUGGAAGCAGAAGCUGUACGCCGGCGGUGCGCUCCUCCUCAUCCUCGCGGUCGUCCUGUUCCCUCUUUGGCCGCUGUUCAUGAGGCAGGGUGUAUGGUACCUUAGUAUGGGCAUGCUAGGUCUCAUAGGAUUGUUCUUCGCCAUGGCCAUCUUCCGGUUGAUUCUCUUCAUCAUUACCAUGUUCGCCGCUCCACCAGGUCUAUGGCUAUACCCCAACCUAUUCGAGGACGUCGGGUUCUUCGAUUCCUUCAAGCCCCUCUGGGCAUGGCAAGAGACCCCCGAAGACAUCAAGAACGCAAAGCGCGCAAAGAAAGAACGCAAAGCCGCCCGCGCCGCCGCAAAAGCCGACGUCGCCGCCAACGGCCGCCCCGCCAAAGCCUCCAAAAAGGCCGCCGCCGCAUCCCCAGAGCCCACACCCGCGCAACCAGCAGCCGCGCCCGUAGACGCAGCACCCCAACCCACAGGCUCGCAGGCCGCAGACCCAAGCUCCGUAUCCCAACGACCGAGACACGCGACCGUGGAAGAAGACGACGAGGAGUGA